UUAUCUUUGGCGCGGAUAGCGCCCGCCGAACCUUCGGGUUGGGUAUUCGGACAAGCAGACGGACGGAUGACCGGUGGCGUUUCGAGUGCAUCGUCGCGACGGCAGGAGCGUGAGGGCGCACGGCUCGCGCCUAUCGAGGACUCGCGCGGUGAUCCUAAGAGCGCCGACUUCGCUGCGGUUGCUCGAUUCGAUUCAACUCGACUUGAUUCCGUUCCAACUUCGGUUCUGCGUCGUCUCGUCGCCGUAAUGUAAACACGCGGGUCGCGAUCCACGCGAUCCUCGCUUGGACGAGCAGCCGCAACGGUGCCACGCGACGGAUGAAGGUUCCUUCCCCCUCCUUAUAUUCGAUGUCCGCCUCCGUCACCGCGUGUACAACGUUCGUCCCCGUGACUGCGCGACAAUACGUCACGCUGGCUUCCGGACGGACCCACCGUGGCGACGUUCAUGACGGACUUCCCCUCUCCCGGACGUAAUCCGCGGCUCCAACUUCCUCCUCGCAUGAGGGAGCGCGACGUUUGACAACCGCGGGCCAACCCUCGGCUCGAGUCCUUCGCGCGGCUCUUUUUUUAUGUAAGUCAGCCGUGAUUUUGCAACAUACCGUCGUGGCCGAGAUUCUAGCGCACUAAAUCGCACGAACGAGUGACAUCACGCUCUGGUUAAACCGCCUGUGUUCCCCGCAUUCUGCUGAUUCGAUCUAAGACCGACAAAGCACGUUGGAGUUGCUUUCUUGCAUUCUGCCUUUUCUGUCGUCGUGUUCAAGUUUAAUAGAGUGCUACGAUCGCUGAUUGUGACAUACAGCUGUCAGUUAUUUGAACUGGCGAGUUCCCAAUUAAGGAGGAUAGCAGAGUUCGUGUUUUGUACUCGUCUACGCUUGGUUUUCGUUGUGACAUAGGUUUGGAGUUCAACUCGAGAAACAAUGAAUGCUUCAGAACAUGGGUUUAACCCAGCCUUUAAUAUGGCCUCCAUAAAACAGGCUUUCAAUGAGGCUGUGGAAAGAGUCUCGACAGUUAGGAUGCCUGCACCGACGCGUCUGAGGGAUCUAAUUAGGCAAAUACGGGCUGCACGAACGGCCGCGGAAGAGAGAACAGUCGUGAACAAGGAAUGCGCGUAUAUCCGCUCGACAUUUAGGGAAGAGGACAGUGUGUGGAGAUGUCGUAAUAUCGCCAAGCUACUGUACAUUCAUAUGUUGGGAUAUCCGGCGCAUUUUGGUCAAUUGGAAUGCUUGAAGCUUAUUGCUUCACCCAGAUUCACCGAUAAACGGAUCGGUUAUUUGGGGGCCAUGCUGUUAUUAGAUGAGCGGCAAGACGUACAUCUCCUAAUUACGAAUUGUCUGAAAAAUGAUCUGAAUAGUUCCACGCAAUUCGUCAUCGGUCUGGCGUUGUGUACUCUUGGGGCGAUCGCGUCGCCGGAAAUGGCGAGGGAUCUGGCGUCUGAGGUGGAGAGACUGAUGAAAUCGCCGAACGCGUAUAUCCGGAAAAAAGCGGCGCUUUGUGCUUUUAGGAUCAUUAGACGCGUGCCAGAACUGAUGGAAAUGUUUUUGCCGGCUACUCGCAGCCUGAUCACCGAAAAAAAUCAUGGGGUUCUAAUCACCGGUGUCACCCUUAUUACGGAGAUGUGCGAAAACAGCAUCGACACGCUGAAUCACUUCAAAAAGGAAUGCGGCCAUCGUGAGAUUGUGCCAAAUCUCGUAAGAAUCUUGAAGAAUCUGAUCCUAGCCGGAUAUUCGCCCGAGCAUGACGUAUCCGGAGUGUCGGAUCCGUUCCUUCAAGUGAAAAUACUACGUCUUUUACGCAUCCUGGGACGUAAUGACGUCGAUGCAUCUGAAGCCAUGAAUGACAUCCUUGCUCAAGUCGCCACUAAUACAGAAACCAGCAAAAACGUCGGUAAUACUAUACUCUAUGAGACGGUUCUAUCGAUCAUGGACAUCAAGUCAGAGAGCGGACUUCGAGUCUUAGCAGUCAACAUAUUGGGCAGAUUUCUAUUGAAUAACGACAAGAAUAUUAGAUACGUGGCAUUGAACACGUUGUUAAAGACGGUUUAUGUGGAUACGAGCGCAGUGCAGAGGCAUCGAUCGACGAUUCUAGAAUGUUUAAAGGAUCCAGAUGUGUCGAUCAGAAGACGCGCAAUGGAACUGAGUUUCGCCCUUGUGAAUUCCAACAAUAUUAGAAACAUGAUGAAGGAAUUGCUCUUGUUCUUGGAACGAGCCGAUCCAGAAUUCAAGGCUCAGUGCAGUAGCAAUAUCGUCAUGUCUGCGGAGAGAUUCGCUCCAAAUAAACGUUGGCAUCUCGAAACAUUGUUUAAAGUACUCGUCGCGGCUGGUAAUUAUGUGCGAGAUGACGUGGUGGCGUGCACGAUACAAUUAAUCUCGGAAACGCAAUCACAGCAAAGCUAUGCUGUUAGCGCGUUGUGGCGCGCGUUAGAAAAGGACACGUCUGAUAAACAGCCCUUAGCGCAAGUUGCCACGUGGUGCAUCGGCGAAUAUGGUGAUCUUUUGUUAUAUGGUCCAUCAUCGGAAGACGCCGAGACUCCAGUUAAUUUGACAGAGGAUGAAAUCAUCGAUGUGUAUCAGAGGUUACUCUGGAACCCACAAAACACUGUAAUUACGAAGCAGUACACUUUAUUAUCUCUUACCAAAUUAAGCACGAGGUUCCAGAAAGGUCACGAGAAAAUUCGUCAGAUCAUAGAUACAUUCGGUAGCAAUUUACAUAUCGAAUUACAGCAAAGAGGUAUCGAGUUUUCGCAACUGUUCCGAAAAUACGAUCACCUGCGGCCAGCGUUGCUCGAGAGAAUGCCGCCAAUGGAAACCGCGCGACCGCAAGCUAAUGGUAUCAUAGGAAUGGUGAACGGCGAACCAGAACCAGAAGAUGAAAAAUCCACAAUUCUGGAACCAACCACGACCACAUCCGAUUCAAGUGCACUUUUAGAUUUACUUGGAACUACGGAUGUGGGAGUGACAGUCCCGUCGGCGACGACGACCAACAAAAAUUCCUCGCCGAGUUCAACCGCAGUAACACAUAAUAAUGAUCUGUUGGAUUUACUUGGAAGUUUGGAUUUGAAUACGCCUACGCCUGUUGCUCCCACGCUACCACUUCAACCACAGGCAUCGACACCAAUGUUUAGUCCUACCAGCAAUAGCAACUUCUUAGUAGAUGGAUUGCUCAGUACUCCGACGGCGCAAAAUGACCUACCAAGUAUGAUUGUUUUGGAUAAAUCGGGGCUCAAAAUAACAUUCAGAUUAGAGAGACCGCCCGAUAUUCCUGAUCUGUUAGUCAUAAACAUGUUGGCUCAAAACUCUGGAAGCACCAUUUUAACUGAUUUUCUGUUUCAAGCAGCAGUUCCUAGGACAUUCCAACUACAAAUGUUAUCGCCAUCGAGUACUGUCAUUCCGCCAUCUGGUCAAGUAACUCAAGUGUUGAGAGUGACAAAUAUGAAUAGAACACAAUUAAGGAUGAGACUGCGUAUAUCAUAUACGGGCCCGGCUGGACCAGUUCUCGAACAAACGGAGGUUAAUAAUUUCCCCGUUUCGACAUCGCAGUGACAAGAUGUAAUACAAAAUACAUUUGUACAUAUGCCUGCCUAAAAAUAAUUAAUCAAGUCUUAAACAGACUGAAAGGAAGAAAGAGAAAAAAAGAGAAAGAAACAUAAUUUCGUCUCAAACAAGAAUAGUGAAACAUACAACUUGACAAAUGGAUAUAUUGAACACAUACGCACACACACACACACACACACACACACACACCGAGACGUUUGAUUAAGCAAUUAAAUCCUUCUAUGCGCGGCACCGACAAGGCAUGACCUAAAUGACUUUAUAAGAAGAUUGGAUUUGUCAAAAGUAUGACGAUUUAAUUUCGCGUACAAUUUGGUAUAGUCUGAAAUCUUGUUCGUGAUGAAAAGAGAAGUAUUCGCGAGUAUUAAAGCUGUUGCGGGUAACGUGAUAUUAACGCCGCGAUCCUUCGGAAAUUAUAUAUCGUUACUGUCGUCCAUAUCUUUCUCGCGUAGCUUCGUUACAAUGAGAGUGUGUAAGUGCUUUGGUUUCGUAAAUGUGCCGCACGUGAUGAAAGAGAGAAAGAUGUAAAUAUUUUUUCUAACCGAAACAUGCGGAGAGAGAUAUCGUAUUCUGAUCGAUUGCAUUCCCGCUGUUUUACGGCUACUAAUUUAGCGCGUAAUUUCUCAUGUAGAUUAAAUAAAAUAGAAAACGAAAGGACAUAGGAAAACGAGUAAGAGAGGACAAUAGAAACACAUCACACGCCACUCGAGAACAACAGAACAGAAUAAAAAAGAAAAAAGAAAUUCAAAGGGACCGGAGGUUUCGUCACCAAAAGUGCUCUGUCGUUGCCCCAAAAAGUUAUCUACGAGAAGGCGCUGUAACAAAAAUCGAUCUUUUCUACCGCUGUAUUUGUAAGUAAAUCAUCGCAGACGACUCGCGAAUGAUCGUCUUGUAAAUAUUAGGUAAUCAGAAAGGUGAGGGAAUGUUCAUGCGAUUAGAGAGAUAGAAAAGGAAAAAUAUGCGAGAUGAGACUCUUUACAUAUAUACGUGAUAGACCUGUUAAUUCAAUAACGCAAAUGCAAGAAUAUCCAGUUUCCGUCUUUGAGUGAAAAAGAGAGAUAUCAUUUUUUGGGGAAAAAGAUAUACACAUGCAAAUAUACAUGACACAUACAUGACACAUCAUACCACACACACACACACACACACACACACACACACACACACACACACACAACGCCUACAGUGCAUAAGUGUAUUACGUGCGCGAGUACACAGUUUCGAAUUCGUAUUCAGAGUAUAGAAUAACAUUGGAGGGCUGAUUGAAUUCUAAUUGUCAUGUUAUAUCUGUCGCGCGUAUGUAUGCAUGCAUGCUAAACUUUGCUGAAAAUCCGAAAAAUUAUGAAAAAUCGGGAUUUCGUUAAUGGUCCAAACCUGUUCAUCGUGUCCGAAUAAUACUAAUUCACGCGAAAAACCAACGAUAUUUCUAUACUUUUAUUAAAUUGAUUUUAUAAUACGAGAAUUAAAAUGGAAAUAUGAUUAGAAUUAUAACUCCGAUAUUCUCUGUAAAAUUGUUUUGCAAGAAAGAAAUGGAAAGUUUGAUGUAUAUUGAAGUUUGAUUUCACAUCUGCGACUUGCUAAACAACCGAUUAGUUCUAUCAUUAUUUUUACGAAAGUCACAGCAUAAAAAAAACAAUUGUAUAUGUCGACAAUAGUCUAUCUUUUAAGUUACAGUAAACACUAACAUAAAAUUAACAGCGAAGCAACAUGUACAUGAUUCUUAUUACCUUUUGGAAUUCUAAUUUUAUUCAAUAUGAAUUGUUUAUAACAUCAAAAAUAUUACUUGUACAAAUAUGUUGAAUACUGAAGAGAGAAAGAAAGGGAGAAAAAGAGAGAUGUACGGAAAACUCGCUCAUUUAACAUUACAAUAUUCACACGAUUUUAUAUUUAUUUUGUCGAAUUUUUAUGUCUAAUGAGCACAAAUGUAAGCUCUAUAAUAGAUAUACAAUUUAGAAAAAAAAAAAA